AUGUCUUCCUUUUUGCCGCUCUACCUGUCGUGGCAAGGGGAAGCAGCGGACGACAAGGGCUGCUUCUUCCUGGGGACCACAGGACGUCCCGUGGCCAAUCCCAGCUGUCGGAAGAUCUGCGAGGCAGCGGGCCCGACUCCGCCGCCCCUUACGGCAGAGGCCGCUGGGACGUCUUCCCGGGACACGAGUUCUGUGUCGGGGAAGGGGUCGCGUGACGACCAAUGGGACGCUUUCGUCAGUGAAUUCCCCGUGACGAUAGGUGCCCUCGCGCCCUCCAAAGAGGACCAUGACGGUGCCGGGUUUGGCGAUGAACGGACGCACUACUUCAAAUGGAGGCGCUUCCAGUUGGAAAAGCGUGUGCUACACGUCGCCGAUUCCGCUGGCAGGCAGCGACCGACGGAGGCCAAGGUGGCAGCCGUUGUAGCCAAGGAGAGAUGGAAAACCAAUGUCCCCUCCCUCCCGGAUGUGCUCGAGGCGUGGGUCUCCCCUUUAAAGGCAGCCAUUGAGGACGACGAAGGCGUCCUCAAGUCAGUGGUGGAGCAACGGUGGAAGGGGAUCGAUUUCAAGGACUUUGGAGAACACAAGGGCAGAGGCGUCAUUGCCACCAUGCCGUUCUCCAAGGGGGACGUGAUAUGCGACUAUCACGGAAAGCUCAUCUCUGAAUCCGAGGGGAAGAGGCUGAUGGAUGCAGUGCAGGAGGGAGAGAUGUGCUACCUCUUUUUCGUCAGGGGCAGGCUAGGCACCAAGCUGUGCGUCGACUCCCAGAACUUCCCCUGCGAGUGCCACCCUGGGAAGGACACAUUUGGUAGGCGCAUGAACCACUCGGGCAAGGCGGCCAAUGUGAAGCCUGUGGUGUUCCAGUUGAGCUUUCCAGACGGAGCCAAAGACACUGUCCUGUUCUUGGCCCAGAGAAACAUAGCGGUCAACGAAGAGCUCCUUUGGGACUAUGGUGUGAGACGGAGGUCUUUCGGAGAGGAGGGCAUGGACCUGACAUGGCUGGAUGACUGAAACGAUUCGCGUCGGUUCAUACCACCGCGUUCGUCCCCUUACGGCAGAGGCCGCUGGGACGUCUUCCCGGGACACGAGGUAAAGGCAUAAAAUCGCUUUGGAUAAAAGCGUCUGCUAAAUUCCCUAAACGUAAGCCUCGUGCGUUGCGGCGCCGACUCAAACGCGUCCGACAUCACAGCCGCCCGAUUGACACGUGUGCUUUUCUCUUCCUGCAGUUCUGUGUCGGGGAAGGGGUCGCGUGACGACCAAUGGGACGCUUUCGUCAGUGAAUUCCCCGUGACGAUGGGUGCCCUCGCGCCCUCCAAAGAGGACCUCGUCGGUGCCGUGUUUGGCGAUGAACGGACGCCCUACUUCAAAUGGAGGCGCAUCCAGUUGGAAAAGCGUGUGCUACACGUGUCCGCUUCCGCUGGCGGGCAGCGACCGACUGAGGCCAAGGUGGCAGCCGUUGUAGCCAAGGAGAAAUGGAAAACCAAUGUCCCCUCCCUCCCGGAUGUGCUCAAGGCGUGGGUCUCCCCUUUAAAGGCAGCCAUUGAGGACGACGAAGGCUGUCCUCAAGUCAGUGGUGGAGCAACGGUGGAAGGGGAUCGAUUUUAAGGACUUUGGAGAACACAAGGGCAGAGGCGUCAUUGCCACCGUGCCGUUCUCCAAGGGGGACGUGAUAUGCGACUAUCACGGAAAGCUCAUCUCUGAAUCCGAGGGGAAGAGGCUGAUGGAUGCAAUGCAGGAGGGAGUGAUGUGCUACCUCUUUUUCGUCAGGGGCAGGCUAGGCACCAAGCUGUGCGUCGACUCCCAGAACUUCCCCUGCGAGUGCCACCCUGGAAAGGACGCCUUUGGUAGGCGCAUGAACCACUCGGGCAAGGCGUCCAAUGUGAAGCCUGUGGUGUUCCAGUUGAACUUUCCAGACGGAGCCAAAGACGCUGUCCUCUUCUUGGCCCAGAGAAACAUAGCUGUCAACGAAGAGCUCCGUUGGGACUAUGGUGUGAGACGGGAGGUCUUUCGGAGAUGAGGGCAUGGACCUGGCAUGGCUCGGAUGACUGAAACGAUUCUCUUUGGUUCAUUGUGUUCUCAUUUGUUGUUGCCGGUUAUUGCUGUUCUUCUUGUUGUUGUUGU